UUGUCAUCAUUGUCAAUCAUCAUUCAUCCUCGUUCUUGCCUUUUUAGAAAUGGCGGUUUCAGUUUCCAGCGAUGCAGAAGCACCGAUGUCAGCAGAUUCUAACACCAAACACCGCAAUCGAGGUUGGAUCACCUUCCCGUUUAUGAUAGCUACGUUGUUAUUCCUCUCAUUAGCUGUGUUGGGUUGGUUAUUUAACCUGAUCGUCUUCUUGAUUGAGGAAUUCAACAUGAAGAGUAUUGCGGCUGCUCAGAUUACCAACAUAGUUAGUGGUUGUACCUUUAUGUUUCCAGUUGUUGGAGCUAUAGCAGCAGACUCUUUCUUCGGAACCAUUCCUGUUAUCUCUGUUUCAGCUUUCAUUUCUCUAAUGGGCGUUUGUCUGCUGACUCUAAUCGUAUCGGUUGACUCUUUAAGGCCCAAACCAUGCGAGACCGCAUCAAACCUAUGCGAGUCUCCUUCAAAAAUCCAGCUCGGCGUCCUUUACUCGGCCAUUACUCUAGCUUGUGUGGGAGCAGGUGGGAACAGGUUCACCCUGGCCACUGCUGGUGCGAAUCAGUUUAAAAAAACUAAAGAUCAAGGCAGCUUUUUCAAUUGGUUUUUCUUCACAUGGUAUUUUACUGCUGCUAUAAGUACAACCUCCAUUGUCUACGCCGAAGAAAACAUCAGCUGGACUUUCGGGUUUGGUCUCUGCCUAGCUGCAAAUCUAUUAGGGUUUUUGGCUUUCCUCUCUGGGAAAAGAUUCUACAAACAUGAAAAGCCCUUGGGAAGUCCGUUCACAAGUCUACUUCGCGUCAUUCUCGCAGCAGUACACAAAAGGAAGGCUGAGAUUUCUAUCGACAACAAAGACUACCACAGUGAAUCAAAGGCAGUUCCCACGAAGAGUUUCAGAUUUUUAAACCGUGCAGCACUGAAACAGGAAGAUGAGUCAUAAGACCAUAGAUUUGACCCAUUUUUACUCAUGGUUUAUAAGUGUUUUAAUAACUAUUUAUUACAUUUUAGAGUUUAUUUAGCAUAUUUAUAGAACCAUGAGUGAUUUUGAGGAAAGUGAUGAUUUUGGAGCAUUUUGGAGAUAUUUGGAGUAAGCACCCGAGAUGACCAUCGAACUCGACCAUCAGUCGACAUUGAAGAGGAUAAUCGAUCGAUGUUCACAUCUUCACAUCGAUCAACAGCGAAGCGCGCAGAAAACCCGUUUGGUCACAGCUGACUUAGAACCCAAGUCUUCACCAAUUUACAAGAUUACCGCUGGCGAGUUUUAACCUAAUUAAUAAGCUUUGCCAACAUGUUAAAGGCAAAGUGUGCUUUCUUGUUUUACUGUUUUUAACAGCAAAGGUUUCUAGAAUUUUUAGUCGAUUGAAGAGAAGAUCCAAAGUUAUUUGUGAUUGAUAUCUAUCUAUUUAUCUAUGCAAUUUUCAUA